GUUCAGGCAGCCGGCUGCACUAGUGGCUAUCUGCAGCAGUGAAAUAUUCCCUCCGCUGCGCUCAUUGUGCAUCGGAGAGCCGGACGUCAUCGGCUGGCCAAUCAAUGGCUCCCACUAGGCAGCCUUGGGUCCCAGUGGGGGAAGGAGGGACCCUCUAAAAAUCUUCUCUCUUAUUUCUGGCUCUCCUGGUAACUUGGUCUGGUCACUCUUCAGUCAAAGAGGUGUUUUUGUUGAGAAGAACCAAGGGGAGGCUUGCUUUUUUGUUUUUGUUUUAGAUGGGAAUCAGGAAAGCCAAUGGCAUAAACUGUAAGAUUGGGGAUAAACGUGUUCAAGAAGCUCUGGAAGAGCCAGGAAAAUGACCUAAUCAGUGGCAAGUGGGACAGGCAAAUGUGCUGGUGGCAUCUUCAUCAGUUUUGCUCACAAAGCGCACAUGCGUUGGCCUGCGUACUCACCUACCACAUCCAGAAACCGUACCCUUCCCUUCCUGACAUUUGCCCCGUUCCUUCAUGGAUUCCUACAGCUUGCACUUUGACAGAAUGAGCAACGUGGACUUGCAUCCUCUGAGCCUGCCUGUCAGCCGGCUUUCCCCAGCCAAGUCCAGCAGCAGCAUCAUCGAGCAACUUGCCCACCACCAACACGGCAAAGGAGACUCCGCUUACAGCUCCUUCUCUGGUGGAUCUACUGCCCCAGACUACCCCUCUCCAUUCCUCCAGGAUGAGCUGCAGCCCAACUCUUUCAGCCACUAUGCUGAACUUGGGUGUGUGAAGUCCUUGUACCGGCCAGCCCAGAUUCUUCACUCUGAAUCAAAGACCAUGGACCAGCUCUAUCGUUCCGUUGAGGCUAUCUCACAGCAAUAUCACAAUAGCACUAAUAUAAACCAUCAGAGUGAAAACACCGACAACAACCUUCACGGCAACAACAAAACACUAUCUACACAACAUGCACAUUCCAGAAAUCCAUCUCAAGGUGGCCAACCUCAUUCUCCUCCCCCUCCAAUCCCAGCACGCCUUGACAGUUACAUAGCCACAAAAAAUCUGGAAAACAGCAGGGUACACCACAGUACAGAGCUACAACCUCAGCAACCAAAACCUCAACAGAACUCCAGAUCCCAUUCUCAGCUCAUUCCCUGUGGCCUUCCUCCCAAAUCUGAAACUGCUAACCAAGACAAUAACAGCCCAAGCUUCAACGGUGAUCCAGUGUGGAGAGCUGUGAAACAAGAACAGCCACAGGCCCAGAAUCCACCAAGCCACCAGAGCCAUCUACAGUAUCACAAAGACACCAGAAUGACUCCAGAGGACCUUUUCAUCACUGAUAACAAGGCUCUCACUGAGCAACAGCGACCAGCAAACAUUCUAAGUAAAUCACCUCCCCGGAGAAAUUGCCAGCCAAACCACUUACCACCCAGGGAAUCUUUGAGUAGUGAUGGAUAUGACAGGGAGAACCACAAAAAACACAGUAGCUAUUCUGGAACCUAUCGUAGAAGAGCACAUUCAGCUCAAGAUCAGAUAGUGUUGGACCCAACUCGAGGUGCCAGCCCCUGGAAUGCUGGUCAGAAUUUGAUCAGUGGCAGCAUUCAACAUAAGGGACAGUUCUAUUUUGUUACAGGAGUGUGCAAAAUGUCUGAAUCUGGUCUGAGGAUGCACUCUGCUUCAACGAGUGGGGCUGAGGAUGGAAGGGACAUUUCUGUUUUGUUAGAGAGACGUCAGCACAGAGAUAAAGAGAGAUCUCACAGCACACUAGAUAGUAUGUUUAGACCUUUCCAAGAAAGCUCCUGCUCUUCCAUUCCAGAAAAAAGAGAGGUAUUUACACCUGUGUCUAGAAAAAAAGAUCUGAUGUCCAAGAUCUCGGACCAGGAGAAUCCCAGACAAACUCACCUGAGUCAGUCCCCACCAAUUUUUGACAGUUUAGAGGAUAUGGACUUCAUGCACAGUCAAGAGAUUGGUCGCCACACUUUGGACAGUCCAAUUUUCUAUUGUGGACCUGACAGGAAGGGUCCACCACUUUCAGCAGCUCCACAAAAAGAGUUCUCCACACUUUUCAGCAAAGACCAAUCCAACCACAACAACAGAGAAGAUCCUGCAAAGAAAGAGAAAGAACAAACACUCUGUGAUGCUGUCAGUGAGAAGAUCAACAAAGACACAACCCCUCUUCUGUACCAUCUUACUGGAGCAAACCUUUCUGUGCUACAACCUAAGAAUGAAUCUGGCUUUAGCACGAAAGACCACGGAGAUGUUGGAGUAAAUGAUGGGAGACCUCCUCAACAUGAUGCUGUCAUGACCGACAGAGGAGGAGUUUCCUCUGUUGCCUGCAACACUCUAGACGAUUCGUUCAAAAAGUAUUACAAAGAGAAGCUGAAGGACGCUCAGCGGAAAGUCCUGAGGGAGACAUCGUUUACAAGGAGGGACUUGCAGCUGUCUUUACCAAACCAGGCCAGGCUAAAACCUGAACAGAGACCCACAAGCAUUCACUCUUUCUCCUCAUCACAGGACUCUGAGACUUCCACAGACACUCUCACUCCUUCUGUGACUUCUGAGGAGACCGAAAGGGGCAGCAUCAAGGAAAAAGCAAGUGAGAAUCUAAAAAUGACGGAGAGAGACUUUGAAAAAGUGAAUGGGAGGCCAGCACAUGUGGCCCAGCCUCAGGUGGCACGUAUUGGGGGUCGAAAGAGGCUUACACCAGAGCAAAAGAAGAUAUGCUACUCUGAACCAGAGAAACUCAACCAACUUGACGGGGGCCCCCAGCACGCUGUUUGCCGUUCGUUUGGCAAUGAAAGCGACAGUCCUUUUACAGCUGAAUAUGAGGAAGAGGAGCGUGUGCAUCAAGGAGACCAGGGACUGGUUGCAUCACGCAGAAAGAUGUUUGAGACUAGAGGUCGAGCCAUGUCAGUCUCAGGGGCCUCACAAACUAACCUCAAGCAUUUCAGGCAUAAGGCUCUGGUGGAGUACAUGGAACGUAAGACGGGCCACAUAGUAACUGAGCCUCAGCAGCCUAUGGCUCAGUUACCUUCCCAACCAAGACAAAGACACUCCCUGGGGGAGAAACCGUCUGACUGGGGUGUUCGAUCUACACCAGGGAACCACGAAGGAAGAAAUGCAAAGAAGCACAGACCCCAUUCUGCUGGCCGCAUACUGGACUGCCCCCAAAGCUCCAUGAGAUAUGCCCAGUUCUUACCAGCACAGUCUUGUUCAGGCCAAUAUGCUGGCCGGCAAAAUCCAUUCAGACAGAGGCAGAGUCGAGGUUCAGCUCAGGCAAAAUCUGCUUCAGCAGAGAGCCUGUUGGACCAGCAAGAAUCUGCUGGUUUGUGCCGGAACCGAUCCACAUCCACACCACAUGCAUUUCAGGCACAUGAAUAUUCAGAAGAUCUUCUAACUGUUGACUCCAUGGAAACCAGGAGUUUCCAGAAGAAUGCUGUUGAAGAGUCUCUGGUAAAGCCACUUUCUGGGGGCCCGCUUCCUGUCCGUGUGGCGGCACAGAGAGGAAAGUCCAUGGAAGAGCUCGGAACGUCAAAGAUGACUCAGCCGUGUGCCAUGAGCAAAAGCUCUGAGCAUCUUGAUCAGCUACAGAAGAUUUCGAACGGGCCCGGAGGACCGGGAAGAGACGAGGCCGGCGCUUCACGAGGUGGGCAUGGAAAAGAAACCCAGUGGAAUGAAAGAGGAAGGAAGAAUCAAGCAGUGAAGGAGCCAGAGUUUAUUUGUCAGAAGAACCCUCAGGAACAGAUCCAAAACCAAACCCAGAAGCAACCACUGUCGCAGCAGAGCUCUGUGGAGGAUUCAAUAGCUGAGGAGAAAAGCUCCAGCAGGUCCUGCUCUCCACCCUCCACCUCCUCUUCCCAUUUCAGAGCUCACUCUGCUUGUCUGGGGCCUCAUGGACCUCUUUCUGAUGGACUCGGGUCAGGGAAAGAGUCCAUCCUUCACUUCAGAGGCCUAGACAGUGACAUGAAGAUCAAAUCUAUUGUGUCCCAGACUAAUCCUCCCUGUGAAACCCCAUCUUGCUCCAGCAAAGAGAAGACCUCUUCAGGUUUGAGUAGAGCAGAGAAGGAGCAGAAUGUCGAUGACAGCAGCAGUAACCUCCAACCACCUGAGUCAAACCAUGAAGUGCCUCUGAGCUGCGGCAUCACCACAGAGCCUUUUCUGUGGAAUCUCCCUCCAAAUGAAGAAUCCUCAGAGGAAGCCCAGACGCCGCUGGAGGACAGCGUUUUUGACGAGUUCCCCAGCUCAGACCUCAUGAAGCAGACGAGUGAAGCCUUUGUGCCUGUCUGCACACCUGUCUCUGAUGCCGACCUCGACCAGGAGGCGGAGGAGCAGAAGCUUCCGGGGAUGGAAGCUAAGGCGGUGGGAGAGAAGACGGAGGAAAGGGGAACACCAGAGGGAGAGACUGUAGAAAACCCCAAUGAGAAACCUCAGUGGGAGGAGCUUGUGGAGGCAGUGGUCAAAGCUGACCAGUCAUUAGCCAGGGUGCUCUUCCCUCUGGCCAAUCGGAAGACGGCCCUGAUGCUUAUGGAGCAGGUGAUGUCAGAGGACACGCUGCUGAUGGAGGAGCACUACAAGAGGAAGCAGGAGCAGAGGGGAACUGCAGAAAGCGCUGUAAUGGUUGAAGGACCUGAAAAGUCUGCUUUCGAUUCUGCGUCUGACAUUCAGGAAUCUCGGCCUGCAGACGUGCUAUGUAAAGAUAAAAUCUCUGAAAUGAAGCAUCUGCUGGUCUCCUACAUCGAGGCGCACCUGCGCUCACUGGAGGAGCGCCGCUGCGCCCUGCAGAUGGAGGUCCAGGAGAACGCGGCGCGCGGGAAGGUGCUGGAGGUGCUGGUGCAGGAGCGCUGUCAGCCAGUGGAGCAGGAGAGGUAUAACCUCUUCAUAGGAGACCUGGAGAGGGUGAUGAACCUGCUGCUGUGUCUCUCAGCCCGCCUGGCUCGAGUGCAGAACGCCCUGAGCAACGUGGAUGAGAACACCGAUGCAGAAGAAAAGGAAUGUCUGGACAGUCGCCACCGUCUGCUGUGCAAACAGAGGGAUGACGCCAAAGACCUGAAGGAUAACUUGGACCGCAGAGAGAACCUGGUCUCCACCUUCCUGUCCCGGCAGCUGUCGGAGGAGCAGGUGCAGGACUACAGACGCUUUGUGCAGACCAAGGCUUCGCUUCUGAUCCGCCUGAAGGACUUGGAGGAGAAGCAGAGGCUGGGCGAGGAGCAGCUGGAGGCCCUUUCUAGCCGCCUGAAGCCGUGAGAGUGGCGUGGACACAAGCUUUGGUCGUACUUGAACUGAAAACGUGUUCAGCUCUACUUUCCUGGUUCUGUUUGUCCAAGGAGAUGCAACCCUUUGCUACAAAAUGCUUGACAGAACUUCAGCCGGACCCACUUUCUAAACACUAUGCUGACUCAGCAGAAAGACUGUUGAAACUGAAGCUCCAACCCCGUUCAUCACACAGAGCCAGUGCAUCACGUCCUGUCCGUCACUAUCAAGCCGUUGCCUUAAUGUUUUUGUAGCUGAUAAUUAUUUUUGUUUGAGAGCUGCUGUGCAGAACACGUUAGAACUUCAUAAAUGGUCGUGCUUUUCUUCAUGAUGGCUCCUCAGUCUGCAGAAAACCUACAAGCUUUAAGAUUGUAACGCGGCAGAAGGAACGGCUUUAGGAGCCUCACAAGUACUGUAUCAUGCCAGUAAAAAUCUACUGUAGCCGGGCAGAUUUCAUCUUUUUGAAUGCUCUUAUAUUUUAUAAUGUAUUCAGAUUAAGAAGGCACUACAAACCAAAAAAGGUGAAUGAAAAAAAAACGCACUUUGUAGAUUUACAUAAAUGCACAUUUCUUCAGUUUGGAUCUUUUCAGUGAAAGUGUCUUUUUAAAAGGUCCAUGAGAACAAUUAACACAACUGUUGUUAAGAUCAUUUCAUUCUUAAUAGGAAGUGGGGUGUAGUGACGUCAUCGUCAGAUCCUGAUCUACGUGGACCUGCCAUGGAUUCUUAAUUCUUAGCCAAAACUCUUUAAUUUUAAGGUGCAGAUUUUCCAUCAGAAGAUUUCCAUAUUUUGUCUUUUUGUUGCAAAAACAACUUUCAGUACUUGAAAAUGGUCAAAUAAGCGUCCCAGAUCUGCUUUACCUCCACAGGGUAGACCUUUUUAGACACCUUAAUCUUCACUUUACACAGCCUUGUUGUGUAUGAAAUGCUGUUUUUUAAACCCCUUUGAAUAAAGUGACUCCCAAAUACCACCAGGAGCAUCUUUGUUUGGACCUGAACGGUAUCUGGGCCUCUUUCAUGUGCCUUCUGCACAUGCCUCUAAUUGUCUUCACGUUUGUGUUAACAUUCAACAAAACAUCUUGUGUAGUCAGGAAAUACAAUCUUGUUCCUCAGGAAAUUAAACAGGUUGAUUGUUUUGGUCAUAACGAAACGCAUUUAGUCACUCAGAAAGGCAAAGACAUUUGAAAAAAACAAGGUGAAACCUUAAAGAGGUUCUGACUUUCCCCCCUGUCUGCUAAGCAAACGUUUGUGCUAACGCAGGGCUGCAGCACUGGAAAGACUCUUUGUUUUCUGCUGGAAGUCCUAAAAUAUGUGAAAAACCUAACUUUAUGGAGGCUGAAGGAGAAAGUGAAGACAAGCUCUCACAAAGACCAGCACAGGGGUUAACCCUCAUCUUCCUUCUGGAUUUGCUAAACUUCCCUUUCAGAGGAAGAAAUAUUUCAGCUACAAUCAAAGGAGGAUUUAAUUUAAGCGUAAUAGACACUGAUGAGAACAGAAAAGACAUUUCAGAUGGCAGAAAUGAUGAUGGACUCAUUUCAAAAUCCACCUUCUCCACUAUAUUUAACACCCACUUUCUCAAGGGUUUCUGUUUGUGCCCAUUUGGGGUUUUAAAUUUUGUGUUUGGAAUGUUGUGAAUAAAUUAAGCUUUUACUGUC